AAACGAGACGGAUCUAAAAUCCUUAGUUAAAUUAAAGAACUUACAUACGAAUGAAAAAUUUAUAAAAAUAUAAAAAAAAUAAACGAAAUUUAUUUACGAGAUGCAAUUGCAAAUAUUUGCAAUAAUUGUGGCGUUUGCCGCAGUUAAUGGCGGGAUUCUUCAGAAUCCAUGUACGCAAUCCGGGUACUUUGCGUUCAUCGAUAAUAUGCCAACGUUUUAUAGUUGCUCUUUGAAUGAUGACGGUUCUUACGCGAUUCAAUAUUUAUCCUGCUCAAAUGGAUAUGUUUUCAGUCAAAGCGCUGGUAACUGUGUAUUAAAAGAUCAAGCAAACGUUGUUGAUACCACAGUUUCCUCAACAACAAGUACUACCGCAGCUACAAGUACUACACGUGGAGAGCAAGUUACAACUGGAGAACCUUCACCUUCGGAGGUACCCAUUGUCUCGAGCACACAAGAUGUACCAGUAUCUACCACCGAAAAACCGAUUACAACCAUUGCACAACCCAGCACAAGUGAAGUAAUAAGUACCACAAUUGAAGAAUCGCGCACUACCCAAGAGUCGACAAGUACGGAUAAACCUGACGAGAAUUCGACCAUUACUGAAGGACCUACUACGGUUACAGAAGAAACAACAUUAGCAACAGAAACUACACAAGCAACAAGAACUACUGAAGGAUCAAUCGUUACCGAAGGUCCAACAGAAAGCACUUCAUCGGAAGCAUCUGCUAGUACAACAGAUUCUGCGGAAAGUGACACAACUGUAACACCAGAAUCUACUACUGCGUCAGAUGCACCAAACACUACUGAAGAAACAACUAUUGCUGAAGAUAAGACCACAACGGAAGGAUCGAGUAGCACUGAAUCAAGUGAAACAACUGUAGCUACUGAAUCUACUCAAGUAACAGAUGCACCAAGUACCACUGAGGAACCUGAAGCCACAACAGAAGGAUCAGGUAGCACAGAAGCACCCGAGGAAAAUGAGACAACUGUAACUACAGAUUCUACUGAUGUUCCAGAGGAACUAAGUACUACUGAAGAACCUGAAAAUAAUACCACAACAGAAGGAUCAGCUAGCACAGAGGCACCCGAGGAAAAUGAGACAACUGUAACUACAGAAUCUAAUGAACUUCCAGAAGAACCAAGUACUACUGAAGAACCUGAAGAUAAUACCACAACAGAAGAGCCUGCAGAAAGUGAUACAACUGUGGCUACAGAAUCUACUGAUUCUCCUGAGGAACCAAGUACUACUGAAGAACCUGAGGACAAUACCACAACAGAAAGAUCAGGUAGCACAGAAUCACCCGAGGAAAAGGAAACAACUUUAACUACAGAAUCUACUGAUGUUCCAGAGGAACCAAGUACUACUAAAGAACCUGAAGAUAAUACCACAACAGAAGGAUCAGGUAGCACAGAAGCACCCGAGGAAAAUGAAACAACUGUAACUACAGAAUCUACUGAUAUUCCUGAGGAACCAAGUACUACUGAAGAACCUGAAGAUAGUACCACAACCGAAGCUCCCGAGGAAAAUGGGACAACUGUAACUACAGAAUCUACUGAUGUUCCAGAGAAACCAAGUACUACUGAAGAACCUGAAGAUAAUACCACAACAGAAGGAUCAGGUAGCACAGAAGCACCCGAGGAAAAUGAGACAACUGUAACUACAGAAUCAACUGAAGUUCCGGAUACACCAAGUACUACUGAAGAGCCUGAAUACACCACCGGAGCAACGGUUGAUACCACAAAUGAAAGUGAAAUUACAAAAGCACCAGAAAUUCCAGAGCAGCCUGAAACCACAAGCUUGCCUAGCAGCACUGCUGCACCAACUACUACGAAGGAACCAGAGAUAACAGAGGGAUCACCAAGUACUGAAGCCAGCACGACAGAAGUAUCGCAAGUUACUACUACUCAAGGGCCAUCUACAACAAAAGAACCACACACCAGUGAAGUACCACCACCAGGCAGUGAUAAACCCAGCUCACCCGAUGUGUCGUCUACCACACCAGCGUCAGUUACAACCAACUCACCUAGUACCACAGUAAAACAUCCGCCUAAACAUACAAGCACGGCUACUACGAAAGCGCCCACAACACCUAGAACACCUCCACCAGAACACUUAAAAUGCCCCUAUGAAGGCUUCUUCCCAAGUGAAGACGGUUGUAAAAAGUUUGCCUACUGUGCCAAAUAUUUCGGUAAAAUGAAGCAUUAUGAUAUGAAGUGUCCCCGCGGACAAAAAUUCAAUAGGAGCACACUCUUUUGUGAUCCAGAAAGCGAUUGUGAAAACAGUGAUGAAAGCAGCAGUGAAGUAGCUCCUAUUGAGCACCACAAACCGUUCACCUGCUUAUUGGAGGGUACCUUCGCCCAUAAGAAUGAUUGUACCAAAUACUACACCUGCGAGUGGAGUAAGAAACAUAGCAAUUUCCUUCAACUGCCCAGCGCUUGUCCGAGCGGCAAAGUCUUCCGUCUAGAGUCUGGUUCAUGCGGUCGUGAGCGCCGAUUGACUUGUUUCUUACGGCCGAAAGGAUCCAAAUACUACGAUCACGAAUCGUCUAAAUGAGUCUAGUGCGAGAGACCACACUUCGUGCACUCGUAAUUCUGUAUAAGUAAUGCUUAUGCUAUAAUUGUAAAAUAAAGAAAAUUUGCAUUAAUUUAAGGUUUUUUUUAUAAAAUAUAAUACUAAACGAAUUA